CAGGCUGAUGUGCCGAUGCAGAUAUUUUUUGCAAACUUUCCAUGUCGACACAGGCUUGAUAACGGUGAAACCUUGUCUUGUCCCUUUUUCUCAGGAGAGCCCCUCCUUGUGGCCGAGCUCAAGCCAGGGCGGCCUCAACAAUAUGACUGGAAAUCCAGCUGUGAGACGUGGAGUGUGGCCUUCUCUCCGGACGGUGCCUGGUUUGCCUGGUCUCAGGGCCACUGCGUGGUCAAGCUGCUCCCCUGGCCUUUGGAAGGAACAGACCCGAGCCGCAAAGCUUUGGAAUGUAAGAGUCAGUAUCUAAAAAACGAGGUUAAAAGGCAGGGUGCUGGGGCCAAAGAGAAGACACUGGAAUGCGGGCAGAUUGUUUGGGGCCUGGCCUUCAGCUCCUGGCUUCCUUCCCCCUCAAAGAAGCACAUCCUGAGGGGGCCAAGCACUUCCUGUCUCGUUCUUGCCACAGGAUUGAACGAUGGCCAGAUUAAAGUCUGGGAGGUGCAGACAGGUUGCUUGCUGUUCAACCUGUCGGGGCACCAGGACGUGGUCAGGGACCUGAGCUUUGCACCCGGUGAGAGCUGUUCUGUUCUUGUCUCUGCUUCCCGUGACAAAACCCUCCGUGUCUGGGACCUAAGUCAGAAUGGGAAGCAACUGAAGGUGCUUUCUGGACAUGUGCAGUGGGUGUAUUGCUGCAGCGUCUCUCCGGAUGGUCAGAUGUUGUGCUCUGCUGCUGGAGAGAAGUCCGCCCUGCUCUGGAGUAUGUGCUCCUACAGCCUUCUGAGAAGACUAGAAGGGCACCAGGGCUGUGUUGUGUCCUGUGACUUCUCUCCAGACUCUGCUCUUCUUGCAACUGCUUCAUAUGACACCUUUGUCAUCCUCUGGGACCCUUGCACUGGGGAGCAGCUGAGAUCCCUCUGCCACAUUCCGCUGCAGUCUUUUGUGGAUCAAAGCGGCGACUUCCAUGCCAGCUCACUGCGGUCGGUGUGCUUCUCACCGGAAGGCCUCUAUCUUGCAACGGUGGCAGAUGACAGGCUCCUGAGGAUCUGGUCCUUAGACCUAGGAAUUCCAGUUGCCUUUGCCCCCGUGAAGAAUGGUCUUUGCUGCACCUAUUUUCCACAUGGUGGGAUCAUUGCUACAGGGACAAGAGAUGGCCACACUCAGUUCUGGACCGCCCCCCAGGCACUCUCCUCUCUGAAACACCUGUGCCGCAAAGUGAUCCGUAGUUGCUACAGCACUUACCAGGUCCAGGAGCUGCCCAUCCCAAAGAAGAUGAAGGAGUUCCUCACCUAUAGAACGUUGUGAUGCCAACCACAUCUUCCAGAAGGCGUGCUGCUAUUCUCUGGAGGCUUUGGGCGUGAAGAGACCAGCUACUUUCCUGAAGCUCACCCCAGGCAUGUUUUGUCACACAGAAAGUAGACAUUUCUCAUUUUGUGUGGAACUAUGGAGUAAUCUGACUUUUAGGAAUCAUGGCUGGAGUCCCAAGUAAAAAGCCAGACAGAUCUUCAGCAUAGUUGACUCUAGGAGUCCCCACCUUUUAAUCAGUAGGUUGUUACAUUUCUCCAGAGCUACUUCUGUAUUUCAUACAGAUGUUCACUCUUGGGAGUCAAAAGCUGAAAUACUGCACAAGGCACUGAGUAACAAGUAAUGCAUGAAAGGGCUACAGACACAAGGGUUUUCUGAAGAGUGGUGGUGGUGGUUCUAGUCUGGCUGAAAAGUGGAUGUUGAUCAUUUCCUUUAAAAUGGAUGAAGAUGAAUUUGAAAUUGGUCCUACUUGAAGGCACACUGCUGGUAAACUACCUGUUAAGACCUGAAUUAAGAGCCAGUGUGGAGUAGACUAGGAAGAAUGCCUUUUGCACACAUAAGUGAUCACAGAGGCAUAUUUAAAGUCCCGUGCCAUUUCAGGGUAGGAAACAACAAACCUAAAU